AUGAAGGGGCUCGAAAGGGAUUGGUAUUCGGACCAAUACGAAGUGGAAACGGUGCUGACGGAGCUUCUUAUGCGCACUAACGCGAUUCGCACGACGGAUCCCGAAAAGGCGACGCUGUUUUUCGUGCCGUACUACGCGUCGAACCACAUCGCGCAUGUGAAUAGGCUGAUGAAGAACAUGAUGCAGACGGCCGUCGGGGAGGUGUCUAAGGCGUGGCACGAGAUUCUCACCAUGAUCCGCCGCGACUUCCCCUACUUCAACCGCACCAACGGCCGAGAUCACUUCAGCACGAGCACGUUCGAUCAGGGCCGUUGCCACGCGCUGACGUGGGUCAUCCCGGAUUUGUACGGCGAGAUGUUUUUUAUCAUGCUCAACGGGGACCGCCUCGCGCGCACCAUCCACGCGUCUGUGCAGCGGAACCUGCAGAUUGUGGGGUACAACUACGACAGCGCGCCACUGCAGCCGCAGUUCCCGGACGUCCCCUGCUACAUGCCCGACCGAGACAUUGUCGUGCCGGCCUUGAUUGGCGACCAGAUACCCAUGGUAUCACCCUUCGCUGGCAACCGUCCCAUGAGAGCCAUCUUCCGCUUCUCAGCCAAGCAAGGCCACAACGCGCCCCUCAUGCACCACGGCCACGACCUGCGCCCCGAGCUGCUCGCUAUGUAUGAGAAGAAGCGCAUCAAAGGUUGGAGCUUUGCAGCCAAGCUGGAGAACCAGACGAACAAGGAUUGGCAGCGGGCUGUCUUCUGCAUCUGCCCGCCCGGCCACUCCCAGUGGACCAGCCGCCCCUUCAAGGCAUUGAUAUCUGGGUGCAUCCCGGUGACGUUUUUCCGCGACCACGACAACCCCUGGGACGAUGAGCUGGACUACUCCGCCUUCUCCAUCAACAUCGAUCCGGACGACAUUGCUUCUCUGCGCUCCCGUCUCGAGAGCGCUCCUGUGGAGCAGCUGCAGCGCGGCGUUGAGAGAGUGCAGGGUCAUGUUAAGGUGGUCGCGGACGGUCGCACGCACACAUGGGUUGAAGUUCUUCCCACUUUCUCCCCCCCUCACUUUCUUCUCCCCGCCUGCACUUCCUUUCCCCUCACUUCAUUCCCUCACUACGUUUCCCCCCUCUUCCAUCCCUUGAUGCCACCAGCAAAUGUUCAAGUGGUCGAGAACACUCUCACAAGGGGCAGGCUAUGA